AUUGUCGAGACUCUUCUCAGCCGAGGCGCCAGCGCCAAUGUGCGAUCCGGGGAACACGCGUUCCCACUCAAUGCGGCUGUCUGUUCCCCCCGACGCAACAUCGAGAUUUUAGACGCCCUUCUUCGCGCGGGCGCCAGUGUCAGUAACACAGGCGGAAGAAAGCAUGGCUCAGCCCUCCAGUCCGCUGCGUUUGUAGGUGCAGAGAAAAUGGUUGAGCGUCUUAUCGAGGCAGGGGCCCCACUGAAUGAUAUCUGCGGCGAUUAUGGUACUGCCCUGUCAGCAGCAGCCGGUGCAGGCCAUGAGCGAAUUGUGGAGAUUCUACUCAAGGCAGGGGCUGAUGUU